AUGGCCGCCUCCUCACCCUAUACUGUCUCACCCGACACUGUCUCCGCCGACUUGUCGGCUGCUGGCCCGCUUGCCGGAACCUCUGCCGCUGAGUCUGCCUCUGCACCGCCCGGCCACAGAAUCUUCAACGCCCCGUGGGACUUCAUCACCACGACCCUCGCUCUCUCAUUCGCCGCCCGCCAAAACGUCACCAACAUCUGGGUCCGCCACUGGGACCAACUCAUCUUCCACCACGACGACCGCGCCGUUUUCUACCGGGCCGUCCUGCUCUUCCCCAACCUCACCCACAUUUACUUCAUCGCCCUGACGCCCCCCUCGGCCACCUACGCGCACGAAUCGCCCCCCGUCGCCACCCGCACCGCCGAUUGGCACGUGGACUACUUCUACGCGUACAACAGGGUCGCAUUCGAGUACCUGCGCGACGACCUGUUCGAUGCUGCCGGGGUGUUUAGGGGCGAGCCGGUGGAGAAGUACCGCUUUGCGGCGAACUGGCUGCCGUGGGAGGAGCGCCCGUACGAGGACUGGCACACUGUGGCGGGGCCGGAGGAGUGGGUGGAUUUGAGGCAAAUGGUGCUGAAGCGGAGUGCUGCGUUGGAGGUGGAGCUCUUGCGGUAUAUGCGGCGGGUGCAGGGGGCGUCGGAGGAGCUUGGGGAGUUGACGAGGAUGUGGAGGGGGGAGUGGGUGGCGCUCGAGAGGGACGCGUAG